UAAAACUGUUUUUAGUUUUCAGUAAUAUCAACAUGCUUCGUCUUAUUGCUUUUUCCUAUUUGUUGCUAGUAGUUGCAGCACAGAAUCAAACCACUGAAACCAAUCCAGAAAGUACAACAGCUCCUCGACCCUGCUGGGCAGAUGCAUUCCCUACACCACCAUCAUCAUCAUCAUCAUCAAGCCUUAAAGGUAAGAAUGAGCUGACCUGUGAUGUGUGCACCUUUAUCUUCCAAGAACUGGAUGAUGUACUUCUAGACAACGAAGAACAGAUUGCGCAUGCUCUUGAGAAUCUUUGUGAAGGCAUACCAUGGAUAUUUGAAAUCUGCUGGCGCCUGGUGGAAGCCUGCACUGAUGAUAUUAUUGAGAUGAUUAUUGAGUCCGGUCUUAACCCAGCAGAUAUGUGUCAAGCUCUCUUCCUUUGCCCUUAGGAUAGGCAGAUUUUUGUAAAUAGUUUUAUUAUUUGAUCAUUUGAUCAUUGAUUAAUUUUAAUCAAUUUGAUGAAUUUGAUUAUUUGUCUUUCAAAAUUAAUUAAUAAAUCUUUUUUAUCAUAAUCAAUAAAUGUUGUCUGCAUAUCAAUAAAUAUUGUCUGCUUAUCAAUAAAUGUUGUGUGCAUAUCAAUAAUUGUUGUCUGCAUAUCAAUAAAUGUUUUGUGCAUAUCAAUAAUUGUUGUCUGCAUAUCAAUAAUUGUUGUCUGCAUAUCAAUAAAUGUUGUGUGCAUAUCAAUAAUUGUUGUCUGCAUAUCAAUAAAUGUUUUGUGCAUAUCAAUAAUUGUUGUCUGCAUAUCAAUAAUUGCUGUCUGCAUAUUAAUAAUUGUGGUAUGCAUAUCAAAAAUUGUUGUCUGCUUAUCAAUAAAUGUUGUCUGCUAAUCAAUUAUUGUUGUCUGCUUAACAAUAAAUGUUGUCUGCAAAUCAAUAAAUGUUGUCUGCUAAUCAAUUAUUGUUGUCUGCAUACCAAUAAUUGUUGUCUGCAUAUCAAUAAAUGCUGUCUGCUAAUCAAUUAUUGUUGUCUGCAUAUCAAUAAUUGUUGUCCGCAUUUCAAUAAAUGUUGUCUGCAUUUCAAUAAAUGUUGUCUGCAUAUCAAUAAAUGUUGUCUGCAUAUCAAUAAAUGUUGUCUGCUUAUUGAUAACGUUGUCUGGUUAUCAACAAUUGUUGUCUUAUCAGAUAAAAAAGCAGUUUAAGAAUAAGAAACAUGGAAUUUAAUUCACAAAACUAGUUUCUAUUUCAGCAAAAAGGUGUUUAAUAAUCUUCGACUUGGCGCUCACUUUGUAACGCCAUUAGUUUUAAUUAUUAACCAGCGUUAAUUACAUGAACU